AUGGCUUCAAAUGAGUCCACCACAGGCUCCCCAGUGACCUGGUACCGAGCUGACAGUCCAGCCGCCGUAUGGCAACCAGACGUGUCAAUCCGGCCCCCUACCGGCCUCGGCCCCCGGCCCCUCGCCGACAUCAGCUUCCGACCCCCGCCAGCAGCCCCGCCUCCCCGGCCGCCCGUGCUUCUCCCGGCUCCACCGCCAUUGCGGCCCCCACCAGCCACCUCCGCCUGCGGCGGUCUCCCUACGACCACCGCUUACUGGCCCUACCGCUCCGCUCCCCGGCCUUCGCUCGGCCCUGCAACUCCCGAUCGCCACUCAACUCCCCGGCCCGCCGCUCCGCUCCCCGACCCUUGCUCUGCCCGGCCCCCUGGCGCCGCUCGUCCACCGGGCUCAGCCACUGGCCACCGGAGCGCCGCUCCCUAG